CCAGCCAUCCGCUUUUUUUUUAUUCUUCUAAGAAUUUCGUUUGGUGAGAGUGUUUUCAAUAGAAUAAAAGUGUUCGUUAUCAUAUUAUAAAUUUUUAUAGUGUCACCAUUGUCCCAAAAUGGCUAAACGGAAAAAUAAACCACUAAUUGAUUCAGAUUCUAGCAGCGAGUGUUCAGAUUUGGAUUCGCAAUUUCUUAACCUAGCCAAAAAGAAAAAGAAAGGGGAUUCCCCCCCGCCUUCGAAGUCCAAAGCUCAGUCGCCUCAGUCCUCAGAUAGCGAGUCUGACUAUGAUGAUGAUAAAAAGAACUCAAAAUCUUCAUCGUCCGGCUCUGACUCAGAAAGCGAUGCGGCCAGCAACGCUUCCAGCAAAGUCCAGUCGAGGAACAGCCGGAGAGCAUCCACGGACCACUCUGACGAUGGUCAACAUAAGGAGACCAAGAGUGAUGUUAGAAAAAGCACAGACAGCGCUGGUUCGGCUAAAAAGGAUACGUAUAGCGAACCUGAGGAAGGUGAAGUGUCAUCGCAUUCGUCUGACAACGACUCCAUUGAUUCUGAAGAGGAAUUUGAUGACGGUUACGACGAGAACCUAAUGGGCGAUGAUGAAGAUAGGAAACGUUUGGCGGCCAUGUCAGAGAAAGAGAGGGAACAGGAGAUAUUCAAACGCAUAGAGAGGAGGGAUCUGCUGAAAACGAGAUGGGAAAUAGAAAGGAAACUGCGUUUGGCGAAACGCAACGCCGCUGAGCGUUCAGCGUCCCCUGGGGAGAUCGCAAGGAGGAGGGAGGCUAGAAAGAGACGGAAAGCCAUCAGGGACUCUAGGCAGAAGGAGAGAAUGAGACAGGAGAAGAAGGAGCCGGAAGUGGAAAAGCAGAAGGAACCGGAGAAGGAGAAGGAACAGCCACCGCCCAGCCCCGGGGAGAUACUGGACGACCAGAAGGAUAUGGAAUCAUCGGAACGUUCCGUUUCACCGUUGUUCGGUGCCAAAACCGAGAGAAAACGGAACGUGGACGACAGGAGGCAGAACGCCAUGGCCGCGCUGAGGGCGCAGAGAGACGCCAAAGCGACCAGGGUGGAGCACAAGCAGAAGAAGAUGCAGAUGGAGAAGAAGGAUAAGGACGAUGAUGACGAUGCGGACGCGGAAAUAAUAGGCGGUUCAAGCAAACAGAGUGUCAAGUUGAAAGCUUCGGAUAUAUAUUCAGACGAUUCCGGCUCGGAUUCCGACGAUAACAAGUCUGCAGGUCGCCGCAGCUCCAGCAGCUCGUCAUCAUCGUCGGCGGAGGAGGACGACAAGCGGCGGCCGCGCCGGCGCAGCGCCGAGCCGGAGCCGCGCUACGCCGACAGCCGCGACCAGAUCAACAAGCUGCGGCUCAGCAGGUUUAAAUUGGAACGACUAGUACAUUUACCUUUCUUCGCUCGCGUUGUCACCGGCUGUUUCGUUAGGAUCGGCAUUGGCAAUAAUAACGGAAAUCCUGUUUACAGGGUGGCUGAAAUAAUAGACGUGUACGAAACGGCGAAAGUGUACAAUUUGGGCAACACGCGAACGAACAAGGGCUUGAAAUUACGACACGGAACUCAGGACAGGGUGUUCAGAUUGGAGUUUGUCAGCAAUCAGGAAUUCACCGAUGGCGAGUUUCAGAAAUGGAACAAAGCUAUAAAAGAUGCGAACAAAAAACCGCCCACCAUGGACUUUGUGAGGUCAAAAAUAACCGAGGUCAAAGAGGCGCUUAUGUACGAGUUUAAGGAAGAAGACAUAGAGAAGAUUGUGGCGGAAAAGGAGAGGUUCCGAUCUCAUCCGACAAAUUACGCGAUGAAGAAAACUCAACUCAUGAAGGAGAGAGACGUCGCCCAGUUGCGCGGUGACGAUGAACUAGUAUUGGAUUUGAAUGCUAAGAUUCAAGAGUUGGAGGAAAGGGCCAAUCAUCUCGACAAAACAAGGACUUCUUCUAUACAGAGCAUAUCGUAUAUAAACAACAGGAACAGGAAGUUGAACGUUGAGACAGCUGAGAAGGCUAUAUUGGAGGAGGUGAAAGCGAUGAAAGGCAAGAAAACAGACGACCCGUUCACCAGGCGCCACACUAAACCAGUCAUGAACUUCAAGUCGCAUCAGGGCAACAGGAGUCAGGAGUUAUUAAGAAAUGAAAUCGAAGAAGAAGAAAUGCAGAGGCAGAAGGAGCAAGAGGAGAAAAUUGAGAAGGAGAGGAACGAGAGAGAGAGAUUGCAACAACAAGAAAGUGAUAAAUCAAAAAACACUAAACCGACAUCUACAGACACGGCGAGUUUGUAUUCGCUACACGACUUCGAUAUAAACAUCGAAUUGGACCUGCCUGUCGCGAAAGCCGUAUCGUCUCAGCCCAAACAGUUGACGACAAAAGUGAAAGAGACAGGUCCUAAACGCUCUCUCAAUCUGGAGGAGUACAAGAAACGGCACGGCCUCAUAUGAGUGUGGAUUAUUGUGAUUGUGUACUCAGUGAUACAUAGUGUUUUGUGCGGUCGCGAUGUGACUAAGUUUGGUGCAAGAAAAAAUAAAAGUGGUGUGACGAAGUUAUAUAUAUACAAUACAUACAUAAAAUUCACGCCUUUUUCCCGAAGGUUCGAUUUGACGUUGUGUUGUAUUGAAGUUUGUUGCAAGAAAGAUAAAUAUACAUACUAAAAAUUCACGCUUCGUUCCCGGAGGAUCGAUUUGACGUUGAGUUGUAUUGAAGUUCGUGUGAGUUUGUUGCAAGAAAGAUAAAUAUACAUACUAAAAAUUCACGCUUCGUUCCCCGAGGUUCGAUUUGACGUUGAGUUGUAUUGAAGUUCGUGUGGCGAAGUUUGUUGCAUAAAUGAUUAAAGUGGGUAUUAGUGAAAAUUUGGAAUGAUAUAUAAGACUGUAGAUUAGAAUUAGUGCCCGGGUCUCUCUUAUUUUUGGUUUUCUCGAAUCGUACUCUAUGACCACUAUAUUUCAGAGCUCUGAGUCUACUUUCCUAAAUUCUCACUCUACUUUGUCGGGUCUACGGUCUCUUUAGUUUUAACACUUUUUCUAUUGUUUCAAACAUACAUGCUUACAUAUAUAGUGAUGUCUAUAUCCCUUGCGGGAUAGACAGCAGUUUUGAAAAGACAGAAAAGCCACAUUCAGCUGUAUUGGCUUUAUGAUGUAAUUUGUUUCAAACAUAAAUACAAUCAAUGUUUCCUUGAGGGGUAGGCAGAGACUACAUCUUUCCAUUUGCCACAAUCCCUGCAUACUUCUUUCACUCCGCAAGCAUAACUCUCUCCAUGCAAGCUCGUCGGUUUUGGGUACUCUUGACCUGACCUUUUGUUACCGUCCUUAAUUGGACCAUGGCAUGUUCUACAUCUACAGUCUUAUAUUAAGUUAUAGUUAAGUUUGACGAAACGAAGUGACAUAAGUGAUUGAACAGGGGUUUAAGUUAUCAUCGCUUCAAGUCAUAGAAAGGUUAGUGUGAAUAAAAGUUCAAAAUUGUGUUACUCUUAAUAUAAUAAGGCUUCGAACGUAUAAACAUAUAACUGUAUUGUCAUUAUACAACUAUGUAAACUUAAAUAAUAUGUUUUUGUUUCUAGUAAUACAUAUACACAUACAAAAGUCAUAUCUAAGCUCAUAUGUUAACGCGGGCUGCAAAAUUCAUAAUAACUUUUGGUAUAAUCUUCACAAUGGUAUUAUUUAUUUAUUUAUGCGUAUUUGUUUAUUCGUAAUUCAUUUUAGUAAUUACGUUUCAAUUAAAAACGUAUCUAAAAUGGCGUCGUGAUCUUGCAGUGACAGAUGGUAGGGUUAGCAAAAAAGUGUUUGUUUAUUUAAAAAGAAAAUAUUUAAUUCUGCACUUUGAAUAAAUUUACAUAAAAACAAUAUAAGGCGAUAUUAAUUAAUUCAAUACACUCAAUUCUUUCAUUCAUUUGAGCGUUAAUUAAAAAAAAUAUUGAAUUAUUUUGAAGAAUGAGAAUUUAGAGAGAAAUUUCAUUGGUCUGAGUUAAAAACCAGUCAUUUCAUGUAAGUAACCCGACUUUCAUAUAAGUAAUUGCUUGUAAAGUUAAUUAAAUCAAAGUUUUAAGGAAACUUUACCCAGCAUAGAUCAAAUACACAUUCUAGCUACUUAUACAUAUAAUAUUAUAUAUAACUAUACACACUUAUAAAUUAAAACAAUAUAGCAUUAUUGUAUAGUUACCGCUCCAUAUUGGGCAUCAUAAAGUUUAAGGGCCUUAUAAUUUUUCUUAUACCGAUCAUUUUUUUUGGCAUAAUCAUAACUUCGCAUAAUCUUUUUAUAAGUAAAAUGUUGCGAAACAAUAUUUAUGCAUAAAAUGAUUAUGCCAAAAAACUAUUAAGUAUGCGAGAAGAUGAUUAUGACAAUAAACUUUAUGAAAUCUGAUAUGGACUUUAUAGUUACUACAUGAGCAAUAUAUUCAACACACAGAGCCUUAAAUAGUAUUAUAAAAGACUUAUAAAAUAAAGUUAUAAAAUCACAUGAGAUGCAUUUGAGGCAUCAUGGUGAGAAAUUGAAUAGUUCUCUAGAAAAGAUAAUUCUCAGUUGUCCGCGUCCUGUCCGCGAGUAUCUCGGGUUUCGCUGAACCGAUUUUGAUGCGGUUGUCAGUAUAAUGUUUGUUACACUUACGAGAACGGUUUUAGAAGUUUAACCGACUUUAAAAUAAGAGGACAUCGAUUGGAGGCGUUUCGCUUUUUUAAAAAGUUAUUGAAAAAAAUCUAUAGGUAAUAACUGAGUUAUUAAUACAUCGCCCAAGGUAGGAUUCGAACCUGUGCCUCUAUUCGCAUCACGCAUUUUAUUCUAUCACCUUAACGGUUAGACUAUUGACGCUCUAAUUUGACAUUUGGCCUCUGUAGCGCAGCGGUAGUGGGCUUGUCUGUGACACCGGAGGUCCCGGGUUCGAAUCCCGGCCAGGGCAUGAUGAGAAACGAACUAUCUCUGAUUGGCCUGGGUCUUGAAUGUUUAUUAUCUAUAUAAGUAUUUAUUGUAAAAUAUAGUAUCGUUGAGUUAGUUUAGUUUCGAACUUACUACGUGUCUAAGUCAAUCUGUGUAAUUUAUCCCGUAUAUAUUUAUUUAUUUAAUAAUAUAAAACGUUAAUUUCCAAUCUCCGCCAUGUUGUCUCAAGAUACAUCUUGAAAUAAUACCACAAUGCAGCCUUAAAACUAGAAUCAUUACCCUUAUAGCCACAUAGGUUAAUAAUGCUUUAAUUAUUGUAUAUAGCAUGUUAUUUAUAAUGUAGUAUUAUUACUGUAGUGAUAAUGUUUUCUUUAAUUUUUUUUUAUGUAACCUAUUCGUACCAUUUGGAAGUCACAUUAAUUUUUACGAAAUAUUGGAAAGGAAAUGUUGCCCUUAAAAAUUGGUGUAAAGAAAGGCCACUAGGUACCUCAUUUUUUUUCUUUAUGGUAAUUUUUUCAGUUAGAAAUUUUCACUCAGAAUUGUGGCUACCAAAUUGUAUGUACUUUUUCGGGGUCUAUUAUUGAAUUUGGCGAUAAAAUUCCAGACGAAAAGUUUCCAUUCGCAAAAUCUUGUCGCCAAAUUUAAAUGGAACUCCAUAGUUUUUAGGAACCUUAGUAAAAGCUUAGUGCGAAUAAAAAGAAAUACAUUACUCCUUUUUGGAAAAAGAAAUAAAAAGCUUAUAAAAAGCGGAAAUUAACUGGUUUCUAUUAGAUUCAGGUAGUUGUUACUUAAUUACUAUAAGGUAUUAGUGAAUUCAAGGGUGUUUUUUUUUUAUAAAUGGUGAAUUUUUAAACAUACAACGUUAUAAUCGGCUUUAUUUGGCUGGUGUUUAGAAGUCAACGUUUUGAUGACAUCUAAUUGAAAAAGUUUUAAAUGCGUCCACGCACUUUUACGUCAUUUUGUUAAGUCUUAUGUUGAUGUCCAAGGAUGUAAAUCCCUCGAAACUUUAUAAGAGAAUCUCAGAAAUUCCCGCGGUCGCUGUUCACGAUCUUAUUGGGAAAAGAUGAUGAUUCGAAUGAUCAAAUCACGUUUAGCAGUGAAAACUUUAUUGUGUAGUGAAAUCCUUUGUUUUAUUUCCUUUUUAUUUAUUAUCAUACGCUAGUUGGUAAUUUGUAUUACAUAAUAUUGGUAAAUAAUCAAUAAAUGUAAUUUUGCCACUAAAUUUAUGGUAUUAUUGACAAUGUACUUGAAAAGUAGUGUUUACUUUGUUACUAUAGAUACACGUAACGUUAGGUAUAGUAUAAUAUGUAUAUCUAUACCAAAAAUAGUAUUUCACAUAAAUCAUUAAAAUUAAAAAUGAGUAUGUGUGUGUGUGCAUUUUUUAAUGUGACGACUCGCUCCUAGUAUCAAUAAUUUUCGUCUCAUCUUUGCGUGUUCUCUGUUGCAACUUUUUUUAUUUUGCGGAAUCCCGAGAAUAAAGGUAAAGUCGAAGAUAAAAAAAAUGUAAUCUCAAAGUAUGUACGUUGUCAGUUCGCAUAAAUACGUCGUUAUCCCGGAGGGGUAGGCAUACACUAAAUCUUUCCAUUUGCCACGAUAUCUGCAUACUUACUAUUAUCUUCUUUUCUUCUUCAUAUUACAUUAUCUAAAUGCAAGCUCGUUAAUUUAGGGUACUUUCGACCUGACCUUUUAAGGACGUUGUUAAUUAGCGAUUUUAAUUAAUUGAAUUUCAUUUGCCCGAAACCGCCGAGCUUGCAUGAUGAGAAUUAUAAAUGUGGAGGAAGCGAAAGAAGUAUGCAGUGAUCGUGGCAAGUGGAAAGAAGUAGUCUCUGCCUGCCCCUUCGGGAAAAAGUCGUGGUUUUAUGUUUUAUAUAUAUAUAAGUAUAAAACUUCUCAUCCCGCCGAUACACGAUGAGUCACCGUAUUUGAGAAUAGCACCAACCGAAUGGCAAAUCAUUGCUUAUUUCGUUUCAUUGUAUUUUUUACUAUCAUUAGCAAACUAUAAUUUUAUGUAUGGUACGAUUAAAUAAAAUACUAUAUACUUCUUCCAGUCAUCUAAAGUAGUAGUAUAAUUGUUAUAAAUCAUUAUUGUAAUAAACAUAGAUACAUACAUAUAGGCUUAUAAACUUGGGAUUCUUAUAGGCGAUGGGCUAGCAACCUAUUUGAAUCUCAAAGCCAAAAAGCUGAACGUGGAAUAUCAGUCUUUUCAAGACUGUUGGCCCUGUCUACCCCGCAAGGGAUAUAGAUGUUAUAAUAAGUAAGUAAGUAUUACUUACCACAUUUAUGUGAAAUUUCACAAAAGUUUGUUAAGUUAAUAAAACUCACACAAUAUGUAGGUAAUAAAUUAACUAAUUUUCGCAUAUUUAGCAAAAGUUGGACUAUACAGAUCUGUGUUUUAUUUAACCGUACCUUACUUUUAUGUUGCUAGGUACAUUUGUAAAUAUUCAUGUCAUGUUUUUAAACCUAUUUAUUAAACGAUUAAUGUGUAUGUCUCCCUAUGUAAAAUAAAUGCAAAAUUUUGCGAGAUAUUGGUUUCGGAUUAUUGAAAAAAAAAACUUGAAAUUCAUGGAAAUUAUUUCAUUUUAAUACUAUCAUUUCAGUCCAUGCAAAGUUUUCCUGAAUAUAACCUUAAAGUGAAAUAUUAAAUUAUUAAAAAUGUUUUACAUUUUUCUUUUUCUUUUAAGAAUCCAAAGCAAUGUCGCACGCUUAGAACCUCGAAAUGUAAAAAAAAAUGUUAUACGUUUUUUAAAUAAAAUUUCAAGCCAG